AUGGAGAGGUUCUUCUCCAUCCCUGCAAACGCCCCACGGCGGGACGCGGACACCGGCAUCACCCUGCUCUCGGGCCCCCCGUGUUGCGGGAAGACCUCGCUCCUCUUCCAGUUCGCGGUGAACCGCGCGGCGGAGAGUGGCCGCGGCGUCGUGUUCAUCUGCAGCAAGGGGAGGCUGGAGAACAACCCCCCUUUCCUGUCCCAGGGUGUCGAUCCAUCGAUGAGCUUACUUCAGAGGAUACAAAUCAAAUAUAUUGAAGACGUCGAUGAUAUCAGAAAGUACUUUGCUGCAUUUCACCUUCUUGACGACUUCCCUGCUGCAGUCAUUGUUGAUGAUUUUGCAGAUUUCUUCUCCGAAAGGAGCUGCCAACAAAGAUAUGGAACUACUAGGGCUCGAGAUCUAGCAAUGGUGCGCAUAUUAGCUUUGUGCCACAAUGCUAUUGGGCAUGCAAAUGCAAAGCUCGGAACCCUUGGUUCUUGCAAUCUAUUACUCUCUGAUGUACAUCAAGGUGAUACCCCAAGAUCGUUGUUCAUUUACCAGAGAUGGAUAAAUUCCAUUUACACAAUCCGAGGUGACGGCAAAGGAUCCUACAUACUUCAGAACAUUGGCAGUUCAGAAACUGGAUCAAAGAAAGCAAGAAAAGCUAAAUACUCGAUAGCACUACAAUAUCUUGUUCUUGAAGAGACCAGCAAUUAA